AUGGAGAGGCGCAGCACCCGGGAGAGGGAUGAGGAGAACACCCAUGCACAGCACGAGAAAGCCCUGGAGGAGGGGGAAGGGGCAGGAACAAGGGGAAGGUAUGAUGGAAGAUAGUGAUCGACGAGAGGCAGGAUAAAAAUAUGUAUUUUCCGUGUUUCUGUACUUGUACCAUGAGCAAAAAGGAAGAGGGCAGAGGGUUAUAUCGGUGCCGUCCUGCUGUUGAUGCGGUUCGGGGGUAGGAAUCAGGGAUGGGGGGAGAAAGGAUUGUGUUGUUGCUGGGUUUGGUCACUCGGUUGGCUGGAUCGAAGGAAACGGAUCUCCGGCCAAGGGCUCGGGCAACAGCCACGGACUGAUGAUUGGCGAUGGGUGGAUGGGAAUGGGGAAGGGGAAGGGAGAUGGGUUUGGCGCGAGGGAUGCGAGCGGCACUGCACUCCUACAGCAUGAUACCACUGACCUAAAGAAGCCUCUACGAGUCCAGUAG